CUUUUUUUCCUUUCUCUUCUCAUUUCUACUAUACGUAUGGCGACUCGAAGAAGAAGAGAAGGUGUAGUUGGGAUAUUCUUGUUGAUAACUGCAGUCCUAGUCGAUUCCGCCGAAGCAAGGAGAAAACUAGCAUCGUCCAAUAAAUCAAAUGAUGUCGAGUUUGCUCAGGCCCCCAGAGGAACUGUAAAAUCUGUUCAGAGUGGUGGCGGCGAUGUUGUCGAUUGUGUCGAUAUUUACAAACAACCGGCUUUUGACCAUCCUCUACUGAAGAACCAUACCAUACAAAUGAAACCGAGUUUCACAGAAGAAGGUGAAAGUCAUUUGCAAGGGCUGCCGGCCGAAUUGGAAGAAUGGGGCGUGGAUUGCCCCGAAGGAACAGUCCCUAUUAUCAGAAUGACAUCGGAAAAUGCUGUUCAGAAGAAGGAUUAUGCAAUAGUGAAGACGAAAGAUUACGGGAGAACCUUCUAUGGAGGCCAAGCGCUCCUCAAUGUGUGGAAUCCUCAUGCAGAGACCGGAGAAGCGAGCAUCUCCCAGAUUUGGAUUUACGCGGGUUCAGAGGAAAACGUCAACACUGUAGAGGCUGGGUGGAUUGCAGGGUUAGAUUCUCGGCCGACUACGACAUUUUUUACAUACUGGACUAGUGAUGGAUACAAAUCAACAGGCUGCUACAACCUUAGAUGCUCAGGAUUCGUGCAAACGAACAAACACAUUGCUCCUGGUUUUCAAGUACGACCAACAUCCACCUUCAACGGGCAGCAGUUUGAAAUAGGUGUACAAAUUAAACAGGUGAACAUAAGUUCUUUCCUCUAA